AUGAUGCCUCCGUCUAACCACCCUGCUACAUUUCGCCUGUCCGAAUUACCCGUCGAAAUGAUACUCGAGAUUGCGCUUUGGGCUCAGAUUUUGUGGCACCGCGAGACAUUCGCGGCGCAAGCGCCAUACGCCGGAGUCAGACGAUCCGCCGCAGGUGGUCCUCUCAAUACCAGCGCAUCGUUGUGUUGCGAGGGUAUGGAUGAAUCGUGUCGCAGACCUAUCUGUCUGAAGGUGUCUGUUCCCCGCGAAGUUCGGUCCCCCGCGCAAUGUCUUUCGGAAGCCGGGUCCCAUCUUCGGGAACUCAUGCUGAAGGAGAGUUCGAACCUCUGGCUGUAUGACAAUACUCUGCUUCCGCAGAUCGCUGCUCGAUCCGGCGUUCGUCGCAUGACCGAAAACGGCCACCUCUCCAUUCAGUACGGCGCAACCAACCUGCUGGCUACACACGUCUGUGCCUGUCUGAUCCCCGGCAUCGCCUCCUUCUUCGAUAGCCUCACUCAUAUCAAAAUUGCACUGCCGGGGGGCAUUGGUUUAUCAACACUUGAAGAGUACUUUGAACGACGUGGUCGUCACAAAGCCAGUCUCCUGAGACAUAUCGACGUCGAGAUAUACAGCGAGCAUUCCGUUCGCAGCGCGAUCCGGGGCCAUCGGCAUAUCACUGCAAUCAAAAGCCCCAACGUCGUUACCAGUCGGUUCUCUAAUAUGCGCAUCUUCUGUUAUUCGCCGGUGAUGACCUCCCUCUGCCUCUAUCAAAAUGGCGCCCGACGCAUUACUUUCACCCGUUCCCUGUCCCACGCAUUGAAGGCGUGUUCUCUGUCAUUGCAAUACCUCACAAUCGACGUCGGCGGCGCGUCGUUCGAGGAUCUAGCGACCGUGACCCUGCACAGCCUGCGCCAUCUCAGGGUUGUUGCGCCAGAAUCCACCGCUGGCGAGUUGCUACGCAACCUCAGGUUGCCGCCUGCUCUUGACCUUCACCUAGAGCCGGUGGUAGAGUGGGGACGUGCUUGCAGGGCGUGGACUCAACGGGAGCCUCCUUAUGAAGUUCCAUUUGAAGCCAUCGAAUUGGCUGCAUCCGAGACGGAUGCUUGCGAGUUCUCCCAGUACGCGUUGACCCUCGCCAUGCCAGACCAGACCAACAAGAUAUUCACCUGGCUCCCGACCGCGGAUACCGCCGGCUCAGCUAUAUGGGCCUCGCUAGUCACGAUGGGCCUCGAUGUGCGCCUCGAUCGCUUCACCGGCCCACAGGAUCGGGCAUCCGCUCGGUUGCCCGAAUACGUAGGGCUUGCCUUGGCUGACUCCAUGCGCGAACUCCUUCCGGUGCUUGCGGAUCCAGAGAGCAGAGAUUGGCGGCGCUGCCUGCCCUUCGAACAUAAAGGCAGCGCAAGGCGCUCUCUCGCUGUUAGGACUGGCGAUUACAAUCGCUCUGAGUCCCGCAGUGGCGCCUUCGACUCAUCCUUCCCGAAGGCCCUAUAUGAUGCACUCCGCUACGUCGUGCACACAGUCUUGGAGAUAAGGAAAGACUCGCCAAUCGCUCAGUUGAUUUUUGGCAAAGACAGCUGGUUGCCGGAUCGCUCGCUGGCAUACGCACACAUUCUAGACAAGCUGGAUGCCGUCAGGUCAAUCUGUUUCGCUAGCCCCUUGCUCCCCGACGGGAUCCCCUUCACGCAGAACGUGGAAGGUGUUCUUGCUAUGGCUCACCUCGAGGCCCUGGCAUUAUAUCUCAAUACACCCGUGGAAGGCGACGUGUACCCUUGCCCUUGUCUAGAAAACAUCGCCUUCGAACUUCAUCAUGCGUUGCCAUCAGGACGUCUAUCCCCUGCUUCUGAUCUAACGCAGUUGUUCAAUUCGAGGGAACGCCUCCGCUCUGGGGUCUGUGUCGCCAUCGCCAUAACGGAUUUGUCUGCGCUCUAA